UCUUCAUCUGCUACAGCUGCGCCUUGAGCUAGCGGAAGCUCCAUGGCGGCUUCCGAUCAGAUCUCCGGGCAGGAAUUCGACUAUGAAGCCCUUCCUUCCAACUAUGGCCUUGGCCGGAAUAUGCUAGCUGGUGCUUUCGCGGGGAUAGCGGAACAUUCGGUGAUGUACCCUGUUGACUUGCUCAAGACUCGCAUGCAAAUCUUGACCCCUUCAGCUGGCGGUCUUUACACGGGAUUGACCAACGCGGUCUCUACAAUCUAUCGAGUCGAGGGCUGGCGGACACUAUGGAAGGGAGUUUCGAGUGUGAUUGUCGGCGCAGGUCCCGCACACGCUGUUUACUUCGGUACAUAUGAGAUCGUUAAGGAUAUGGCUGGCGGUAAUGUCGAUGAUGGACAUCACCCCUUGGCUGCCGCUAUGAGUGGAGCGGCCGCUACCAUUGCCAGUGAUGCGCUGAUGAACCCAUUCGAUGUUAUGAAGCAGCGUAUGCAGGUUCACGGCUCAGUCCACAAGACCCUGGCGCAAUGUGCCAAGACUGUCUACCGCACCGAAGGUCUCCAGGCCUUCUAUGUCUCCUACCCUACCACACUUUGCAUGACCGUGCCCUUCACGGCCACUCAAUUCGUUGCCUACGAAUCGAUCUCGAAGGUCAUGAACCCCAAGGGUGAUUACGACCCAUUCACCCACUGCAUCGCAGGUGGCCUGGCCGGUGCCUUCGCAGCUGGUAUUACCACUCCCCUUGACGUCGUAAAGACGCUCCUCCAGACCCGUGGCCUCGCAGAGAGCGAGGAGGUGCGAUCUGCUAAGGGUCUAUUUAACGCCGCUGCCAUCAUCAAGCGCCGGUUUGGCUGGUCUGGCUUCCUGCGUGGCAUGCGCCCUCGUAUCAUUUCCACUAUGCCGAGCACUGCAAUUUGCUGGACAUCCUAUGAGAUGGCUAAGGCAUACUUCAAGAAGCACCUCGACUAA